UCACAAUCUUGUCCAGGAGCUCCGUGCAGAGAGGCACCGCCAAUAUUUCAAUUCGCCACUAGGAAGUGUGCAAUGGCAGAACCGUAUGGUGUAACCUAGCCAUGAUGACCUAUAAUUUAGUUAUUAUCACUCUCUGGUAUAAAUAGACGCGUUAACGCUUGCGUUAACGCGUGACUCUUUAUCGGCGAUAAAAAAAUAUCGCCGUUAAUCUAUUCUCAAAGUUGGGUGAAAAACUUGGCGAAUUGCACUAGGGGGCGAGAACGAAUCAGUCAACGAGUCGAACCUGUGUAUGUAAAUUACCACAUCAAACGUGACGUGCUGACGACAUGGAUGCAGCUAGGAAGCCGCCGUGUUUGCUAAAGGGAAAAUUUAUUUUUAAGAAGCUUCCCAAUGGAAACCUUGACAAAACCAAGGUUGUUUGCACCUUGUGCAAUGCGGAAUUAGUUUACUGUAGGAGUUCUUCCAGUCUGAAGUACCAUCUAAACGCAAAGCAUCCCUUAGCUAAUGCGGAACAUGCCGGGCCAAGCACUGCUGUAGCGCCGGAGAAGAGUAGUGUUCGUCAAACUACUAUGUUUGAGUACAACCGAGGCAAGCCCGUCAGCACAGCUCUAUCAGAAAAGCUAACUAAUCUCCUCGCUCAGUGGAUUGCCACCAGCUGCCGGCCCAUCAGCGUGGUUGAAGAUGAUGGGCUCGAGCUUGUUCUCCAGGCGGCCACAGGUGACCCAUCUUACAAACUACCUGCGAGGCGAACUAUCAUGAGAAGAAUACAUGACCAGCACGCCUCAGAGAAAGCCGCAAAAGAUGAGAAGCUGGUAGAGGCGACGUGUGUAGCACUGACUGGGGACCAUUGGACAUCUGUCAAGAAUGAUAACUACCUCGGCGUUACUGUACACCUCAUCGAUGCCAGCUGGGAACUUAUCUCCUUCGCUCUAGGUGUGAUGAAAACAGAGGAGCGUCACUUUGCCGAAGCGUGUGCCAGGCAGUUUCUCGACGUCGCUAAUCAGUGGGGGAUAACUGACAAAAUCAGCACUAUUGGGACAGACAGUGCUCCUAAUAUGGUGGCAGCAGGGAGGAUACUGCCAUUCGAGCAUGUGCCCUGUGUUGCGCAUGUUGUACAGAGAGCUGUUGUAAUGUCACUUCGGGAUGGUGGUUUUGAUGGUGCACUGGCCAAGUGCCGUAAAGUGGUCGGACAUUUCAAACACAGUCCGGCCAACUCAGACGAGCUGAAUGCCCAGCAAGCCUCCCUUGGACAAGAUCAGGAGCAACUUGUGCAAGAUGUUCCUACACGGUGGAAUUCCACCCUUGAGAUGAUCAAGCGUGUGAGGCGCAACAGAGACGCACUGCACACAACGCUGUCUCAGCAGAAGCACAAUCUGGCCCUCCCAACAAAUGCUGAAUAUGAGAAGUUGGCAAAGCUAGAGAAACAGCUGGAGCCAUGCAGGUACAUCACUGAGCUCCUUGGUGGGGAUAAGUAUGUAUCCUGCUCUGUGGUUCUACCUGCCCUGUGCCACCUCCAGCAUGCGAUGAAGAUCUCAGAUGAUGAUCCUGCCUAUAUUGUGCGAUUCAAGGCUGCCUUCACCACGGACCUCAACCAGCGGAGGGAGAAAAUAAACCUGGAAUGGCUUAAGGAGUCUGCUGAGAAGGCUCUGAGCUGUUCGUUGGAUGAUCUGAAAGCUUCAUUCUACUGUGAUCUGUGUGACAAGCAGUACCUCAGACACCAGGAGUUCGACAAUCACAUCAACUCCUACGAUCACGCACACAAGCAGGAGGGCCUGUGGUGCUCGUCCCUUCCCGUCCAGCCUUCCUCCUACAUCUGA